CCUGGGCUACGAGAACGUGAUACACAAACAAGGAUCCCUGGUAAAGAAGAACUACAUUCUGAUGUCCGGGAAGAGACCUGGCAUGUUCAAGAGAGGGUGGAAGAGGUGGGACGCGGAGUUGAGAGGCAGCAAGCUUACAUUCAGUAAAGGAGGAAAGAAAGUGGAGAUAAUUUGUCAUCACUGCCUAGCAUCGCGGACGAUGACACGCAACAGACACUGUGUCAUCUUACUAGCCUGUGCUGACGACAGACAAUUCUUACUGCAGGCUGCUGACGACACAGAUAUGCAGGAGUGGAUGCAUGCUAUUAACAAGGUAGCAGCAAUGUUCAGCGCCCUCCCAAUGGCGGCCCCUGUCAGCAACAGUAACACGUUCCAACCCCACUCUCUCCCGAUGAGUCGAACUAGAUGUUCUCUUGAGGAUCAGCUUCAAAACCACAUGACUCAGGUUGAUAAGCUAACACAAGAGUACGAUGCACUGAUAAGACAGCAGAGCAAUCUGGUGGCCCCGACUCCUGAGUGGCACUACAAGAAACGGUACAUGGAGAAGGAGAAGGAGAAGUUUGAGGAGUAUGCGCACCUUCUCAACACACUGCUCUACCCCGACUCCGAGGAAACCCUCAUGUCUCCUUCUUCCUUUGGUAGAGCCACCGCCAACCGGAUGAGCUACAAACGAGCGGUUCAGAAAAACGUUGAACCAGUGAACGUGUGAUGUCAGCUCUACAAAGUGUAUUUACCUCUCUCCCUGCGAGAUGAACCUUACUCACUUCCUCAUCUUACUUUAGGACUAUAAUUAGGAUGUUAAAGCAUUUCGUUCAGUUAAUCUCAUCAAUCGAGUAGAUUCUACUUCAGGGGUGGAGGAGGAGGAUUUAGGUGGGAGUUUACUUGUCACGUAUAGUUAUCACCUGUCUAAUUACAUGACAAAAUCUUUUAAAUGUGACAAAUAUGUCAUCUGAAAAUGUUAACCGGGACUGUUAAAAAGCAAUUUUUUUGCAUACCAGUUUUUAGCCUAGAUUUUGAUUAGGUGCAUAUCGGUUUUUAGCCUAGAUUUUGAUUAGGUGCAUACUGCAUCCUUUACCUUUGCUGGGACAUGACUUUGAGAGGGAGACCAUGUCAAACUCUAUCUCGAAAUAUAAAUCGAAUAGACAAGUGAUUAGUUAUUCAGUGGUUUUAUUCACGGUUAGAAUUAUUGUAGAUAGUUCUCGUGUGCAUCAAAUGAUAAAUAGAUAAUCUCGCUCUAAAAUUAUUUGCUCCCGACUACUUCUCCACCACUGAAGGUCCCCAGAGAGUUUCUCUGAUCCAUUCAAAACUACUGGACUGUUGUGGGUAUUUUAACAAUAAUUUUAUUGAAAAUUUAUCGUAUAAACCAAGUCUUUUUAAGUUAAAGUAAAUGUUUCAAUUAAUAUUCUGAUGCUUAAGUUACCUUUAACCUUAAAGCUGAUACGAACCGUUUACAAGAAUUUGUUUAGUUUCGAGAGAUCACGUCACAAGCUAGGCUUCCCCUUUAGCACAGUCGCGAAAAGAUGGCCUCUAAAUUUUAAGCUUUGAAUGUAAUUCGAUUGCAAUUUCGGGCUUAUAUAGCGGCCUGCUUAAUUCGCGGCGGUUAUAUAGAAUUAGUGUUAUUUAUGUAACUACUUGAGUAAUAUUAGGGCGACAGGAAUUUAUUUGGGAUCAUCGAUAUGUUCAAUGUUUAUACUUGUGAAAACAUUUGUUAUUGAUAUUUAUUUUACCAGACUUCAGUAACUAAUGAGAAGAUGGCUUCCGUAAUGAUACCAUAUUCAGUCAGUAUAUCUGAGAAACUUAAUGCAUGAUCUCUACGAUUUUCUUUUAAUAAGCAGAAUUCAUAAUUAGUUAAUUAAUUGAUUAAUAUUAUGGCGGUGAUUUGUAGAACUUCUCAUUUCCUCGACCUCAAUUUGACAGAAAACCAAUCAAGUCGUUCUACAGAGCCAUGGACACAUUUUAUUUCUUUUAAGUUGCUAGAUAAGAAUUCGCUCAAAAAUGAGUUGUCGUCAUCUUUACAUACUAUUACUACAGGAUGUAUCAUAUUAAUUCAGCUGUUAUGUUUUCAGAAUUUUUGUUACAGCAUAUUUUA